AUGCGCUCCGAACCUUCAGAGUUUGCCCAGGGAAUGGCUUACCACCCGUUUCUGCUGCCCCCCAGCCGCCAACCACCUGACUUCAGCGUCAGUACACUUAUUCAGCCGUCCUAUUACCCACUGCCACAUCCCUACCCAACGACCCCCUUCCCCAAGGUACUCUCUGAACUGCCAAGAGUCCGGCCAUACAUAACGGCUAGUCAAAAUGGACUCCUACGGUCGGUAAGAGUUUUGGAGCCCGAAGAAGACAGUGUACAGGAUGAUCCCAAAGUAACCUUGGAGUCCAAGGAACUCUGGGAACAGUUUCAUGCUGCAGGAACUGAGAUGGUCGUCACCAAAACAGGCAG